ACCCGGCGGGAGGGGCGGCCGGGCCGCCUGGCAGCCGGCUCUGCGGAGCUGGGGCCGUGCCGUGUCACCUGGCGGGGGGACAGAGCCGGUGUUAGCGGCAACUCUUACACCCCCCCGCCCCCUUUUUUAUUUGUGUUAUGGGCAGCACUGAUAACUGUGGCAGGUGUCACGGUUUACCGUGAGAGGCACUGGUAGCCGCUUAGGUCUCCCGUGGCCAUGUCGGGCUCGGUCCCGGAGGAGCCGCAGCGCUCCACCCCGCAAGGCCCGGCUGGCGAUCCCCAUCCCGGGCCACUCGCUGCCGCCCCGGGCGGCUCCAGUGACCCUCCCUUCGGUGAGCACAGCCUCGGCUUGGCCACCACGGAGGUCAGCCUGGUGGAGAUGACGGAGAUGGAGUAUACCCAGCUGCAGCACAUACUUUACUCCUACACGGAGGCACAAGCUGGUGAAGGUGAUGUGGAAGCCAGGCUGGGGGCUUUCUCCUUGCCUGGUAGCUGUGCUGAACCCCCUCCGUGCCAGGUGAACCCCGGGCAGGAGGGGUGUCCGUCGGCCCACUGCGGGAGCCAGCCGGUGUUCCCGGUGCCCGGCCAGGCAGGGUUACCCUCUGACAGCGCUUUGCUCAGCACCAGCCCGCAUUUGGGCUAUGCUGACUUCCAGGAGCUCAGGAUGAUGCUACUGAGUGAGUCUAACCUCCCUUCGAAUGAAACGGAUCAAAUGCCUAAUGGUAGCUCUGUAGAAGUCCCAGGGCACAGUUUAGUAAAAGUUAAAUGUGGUGAAAAUUCUGUUGGGCUGCAUAAAGAAAACAUACUUGCUGAAAAUUUGGUACUGGCACCAGAGGCCAGGUCUAAAACUGCAGUCAGAGUUCGGUUGGAAGAAAGAUUCAACAGCAUCCAGAGAGAAAACCCCAGAUGCCAAGAACCCCAAGAAUCUGGAGUAACUCUUAACAAUUUAGUAACAUUGAUUCGACAGCCAUCAAAACUGAUAGCUGUUCCUGUGCGUCAGCAAGAAAACAAGUGUGCUGCAUUAGGGACAAGUAAGACUGCAGCUGCCAAGCCUUCUGUACAGAUGACAUACCCAUUAUUUACCAUGAAUGCAUGUUCUGCUGCUGGAAGUGCUAAUCCUUUGCAAGCACAGACCUCUGGAACGUCUUGCGUUGUUUUGGAAGCUGCUAAACAUGAAGACCUUGGGACACCCAAGACAUUCUCUUUCUGCUGUCAGGAAGCUGAAUCUGCGAAACAAACAGUUGGUGUUGUGAAUAAAGCUUUGCCUGAGGAAGUUUGGAUUAAAGUUCGAGAAGACACCUUAUGCAAGCAAACGAUAAACAGAAGAAGUUGCAGCCAAAUAAGCACACUGGAUCCAAACAUAGAUCGCAAACCUCUUGGUGAAAUCCAGAAUAUGUGUGAUAGUAGCCAGAGCACUGCACCUGCCCAUGGCCCUUGGCAGUCAGCACAGUCAAAUUCAAGUAUGCAGCUGCAAAGUGGCCCACAGAACGGAAUCACGCAGCGAAGAGAAAGACAUAACCGCAUAGAGAGAGACAGAAGGCGCAGAAUCCGGAUUUGUUGUGAUGAGCUGAAUCUUCUGGUUCCGUUCUGUACUACUGAUACUGAUAAGGCAACGACUCUACAAUGGACAACCGCGUUUCUGAAGUACAUUCAAGAGAGGCAUGGUGAUUCCCUGAAACAGGAAUUUGAGAGUGUGUUCUGUGGUAAAACAGGCAGGAGACUAAAACCAGCAAGAUCAGAUUCAUUUAUAACGUGUCCAGUGCAGGAAAACAUGCAUGGCCAUGGAGACCAAGUAGUCUGAACUGGCUGCCUUGACUUGCAUGACAAGCGUGGCUAAAAGUGGCACAAGCUGUAUUUUAUUUGUUCUGUUUACAUACUGAACAUGAAUAUAAAAUGUAACUUGUAAAAAUAGAUAAAUAGAGCUUUAAAGAAAACAUUCUUUACUCAAAAUGGAAAUGAAAGUUAACUACCGACAGUCAAAAUCAGUGCUCCGUUAAAGGGGCUUUGGGACCAGAAGGUACAAGCAAAUGUCAUGACAGCGAAGUGUUUUUCCCCUUUAGUUAUAAAAAAAAAUGUGCUUUUUCUGUUUAUUGUUCUGCUUUGGGGCUUUUUUAUUGUUUUGGUUUGUUUUUUUUUAAAGAUGAUCCAGUCCAGAUAGGAAUAGUUGUAGCACAUCAAUCUGUCCUGUUAUUUUAAUGUCUAGAUGCAAAUGUACUCUUCAAGUGUAAAAAGAAAUUACAAGUCACCAUAUUAUAAUGCCCAUCUUUUCCAUUAAAAAUUUAAAGGUUUUAUUGGUUAAUAAGUGCAUAAUUUCUAAACUGUGCUGAUGUUAUGAAGUUUACAUUUGCCAUACAUAUUCUAACAUACUUGGCCCCAAAGAAUAAUAGAAUGGUGUUAGCAUUUUUCUUUUUUAAAUACUGUUUUUAAAGUCUUAUCACACAACUGUCCACAGGUUCUUGUGUUGUUAUUUUAGUCCAAGUGGCAUAUCGUAGACGGUAGAAUAUUUCAAUGCACAACAUAUUUUCAUAUUUAAAGAUAAAUAAGAUUCCUUUGUUCAUAGGCUUUAGCAUAUAGGGCAGAAAUGGAGUAGUGCGUGAGCCGGGAGAGGGUUUAUUUAUUUUUUUAAAACAGAUGAUACUAGCAGGUUUUAAGUACCAAAGG